AACAACACACAUUUGUGUACCUGAAAUGUUUUUUAAAUACAAACGUGUAUAACACACUGCUGCUGGAGCUGUUCUUGUCUGUGGAGGUGCAGGAUGACGGAGCACACACACAGAACCAGUAAAUGCAACACAUUCGGUUUGUGUGUGUUGGUUUGGUUUACAGCUUUCUCAUGUAUUUGCUACAAAAUGCAACAUGUCAGACCUUGUCAGACUUCAAACGACAAAGUCUGGGACUUCACUGCCACUUCAGAUGACUUUUAAAGCAAAAAUGCCAAACCUUUGAUGGUUCCAAGUUCUCCAGUGUGAGAAUUUACUGCUUUUUCUUAUUUGUCACUAGAGUGAAAUUAAUAUUUUUGGGUUUGUGACUGUUUGGUGGACAAAACAAUUUAAACAUUCUCUAAACAUUUUUAGAGGAAAUUGGGAUGGCUGUAAUUCUAUUUUUUACACUGAUGUUUAACAAAACAAAAGAUAUAUUUGUGUACAAGAGGCAGGAAGCCAUCGUUUGACAUUAACAACAACAUGUGCUUUAACUCGACUGUUCACCUCAGGGUAUUUCAGCUGGUGCCAGUUAGCGGCUGUGUGAAGUUUGAGCAGGUGACUCAGUUUCAGUGAGAACAGUAAACCAUCCUUAAAUUAAGAUUAAAGCGAGUAAGGAUGCCACAUUUGGAAAUUUGCUAACUUGUUUGGACCUGGCAGCCUUAUCAGAACCAUCUGCACUCGUCAUGUUUUCUCAGUCAGUCAGUUUUCUGUGACUUCCACGUCCACUAAACAAACAACACAGCAAAUUAUAGACUCUUAAAACUGAUGCUAAUCAUUAUGAACGUCAGGCAGAAAACACCAUUUCACAGACUCCUUCAGCUCUGCUGUUACGUGUCUGCAGUGAAGCUGGCACGAGGGAGGAAACCUGAGAAUCUAAUGAACCUUCAGCUCGAGUAUGAGGGACCUCGGUGCCCUUGGAGCCUCCUCCAGCUCUCACCGUGCAGCUCAAACAUUGUGCUCUCGAAAAGGCUUUGCGGCUGGUUAGUGAUUUCCAAAUGUGGCCACAGUGUUCCCUCCCCGCUGUGAUCUCUGAGGCUUUGCUGAGCAGCUCACCCACACAUAACAGAACACAUAGUAACUUAUUAAAGAGAGCUAUGGAGGGCCUCUUUUAUGUCAACAGGCCUUUUUGUCCCAAAGGUCACAUCUAAGUCAAACAUGGAAUACUAAAAGAAAUAUGUAGUGCGUGUUGUGCCGCUGUGUUCCCUUACUUAACGCGGUGUGAAAGUGCUGCCAGCCCUCAGAGUCACUUUGUUCUGCUGAAACUACUCAAUGGAAAGUCAACAGUGCGCGUCUGUCCUGAACCUUGACACUACUUGUAUGUGCCAGGCGGGUCCUUCAGUCUCUGCUGGUGCCAUGGCCGAUCCAAGCUGGUGGAAGCUGACCUUCUCGCGCAAGAAGAAAUCUGAGGCUAAGGUUCUGUACGAGAUCCCAGGCGAGUAUGGCAGCAACAUGGGAAACAAAGAGCACUCGAGCAAUAAUCCCCCUCCAGACCAUGUGGACAGCCAGUUCAACGUGAGACUGGAGAAGAUCGUGGAUAAAUCUGCCACCAAGGGCCGCCAGUUCAAGGUCUCCCACUCUGGACGCUUCAAGGAAAAGAGCAGGGUCCGUGCCACGCUGGCCGAGAACCCCAGUCUGUUCUCGGAGCACAGCCUCACUGACGAGAACCAUAAAAAACUGACUGACAAAUAGCACACAAGCUCCAAAAUGCACAUACUUGAUCACAAAUGUGUCAUAUAUGAGCGUCAGGCUUCUACAAGCUCAGAGGCUAAAAUCUAAACAAGCACAACCAUGUGGCCCCACACGUGCACGCCGGAUCAACGCUUGUUACCAGGCACCACACCCAGGUGGACACCGGAACCAGCGGACUCACACCUUUAGACGACCGUUAGACGAAGUGCUGGAGACGUUUGUCUUCUGUCUCAUUUCCUUUUCUUUUCUAACUUUCUGUGCUCACACAAAUGAUCUGCGGCCUGACAGUCCAGACAGAAAAGUCAGACCUCGUGACGACAACAUCGUAAAUUAACUUUUUAUUUGUUUUGCUAUGGAUGUGGUGAACUUUUGGAAUCAAACCUGCUUUUUUAUGUCUUACACAAUCGAUACACGAGUGAAGACACGUCUGUAAAAUUUUAUUACAUUUUUAUGACCAAAGUAAACAGAGACUUGAUUAUGAAGACUUGAUAUGGUAAAUUAAAAAAAAAGGUUUAUAUAAUCUUAUCUGAAAUCCUAAAGCAAACCAACUGUUUUUUGUUUUUAAUAAAAUGUUUUAAGAUAAGUUAAUA